UUUUGGCAAAAUAAUAGCUUAUUUUAAUUAAAUAAAAGAAUUAAAUAUUUGAAAUAUAUUUUUUAUUUUUGCUUUGUAUACUCGUAAUAUACUAAUGAAUACACUGAAGGCAUUGUCAGGAGUCGUUGUACGCGAUGCAAUGCGUGGGAGUAGCUCAUUGAUCCUGUUGCAACAUCAACAGCGAAUGAACAUAUCAAGACGUCCAGUGAACAAGGCUAAGGCCGCUAAAGAGGUUGUUGAAGAAACUUCCGAUUACCCACAUAAGGUUUUUUCGGGCAUACAACCAACUGGCGCUUUGCAUUUGGGUAAUUAUCUAGGUGCAGUUCAAAAUUGGACUAGAUUGCAGAACGCCCAGGAGGAUGUAUCGUUUUGUAUUGUCGACAUGCACUCCCUGACAGUGCCACAGGAUCCCGUCACUUUACGAGAAAAUAUCUUUCAAAUGGCUGCCGCCAUGUUGGCAUGUGGCAUAGAUCCGGACAAGUCUACAUUAUUUGUGCAAUCAGCUGUGAAAGAACACGCAGAACUCUCCUGGAUUUUGGGUUGUAUGACAACUAUGGCACGUCUCGGCCACCUGCCGCAAUAUAAGGAGAAGACACGCGCUGUAAAAGAGAUACCAUUAGGUUUAUUCGUUUACCCAGUGCUGCAAGCAGCCGAUAUCAUGCUCUACAAAGCCACUCACGUGCCGGUCGGUGAGGAUCAAAUACAGCAUAUACAAUUAACACAACAUUUGGCACGCACCUUCAAUGGUAAAUACGGCAAUACAUUUCCAAUUUGUCAUGCCGUUCUGAGUGAUAAGAAUGCAGCGCGUAUACGCUCACUACGUGAUCCCAGUAAGAAGAUGUCCAAAUCUGAUGUUGAUCCAAAGGCGGUUAUAAAUCUAACCGAUGAUGCGGACGUUAUCAUAGAAAAGGUUAAAAAGGCUGUGACCGACUUCUGUUCGGAUGUACACUAUAAUGCGGAAACACGUCAGGGUGUAAGCAAUCUAAUAACCAUACAUUCACUACUCUCCGGUAAGAGCAUACAGCAAAUUUGUGAUGAAGCAAAGAGUAUAGAUACGGGCAAGUACAAGAUGCGUGUUGCCGAAGAAAUUGUCGAGCAUUUACGUCCAAUACGCAAUAAAAUCAAUCAACAGCUACUGCGACGCAACGAGCUUGUCUAUCUAUUGGAGAUGGGUGCUGAGAAAGCACGUGAAACAGCUGCUGUCACCUUAGCGGAAGUAAAACAAAAGCUUGGUAUGGGUGCUUUGGCUAAUAUGCCGACACUGAUAGAGCGAAAGGAAGAGGUAAAAGUCACGCCACAAGCUAAAAAGACUGUCGUAGAGACGAAAAAAAUUGGCGAUGUUGAAGUGCCUUUGGUGCCGAAGCAGCAAUUGCGCGUCGAAAAGAAGCAACAGAUGCGUGUUGAAAUACAAACGAAUGUGGAUAUGGAUUUAACAGCACCGCCAAAGCUAGAUGCUAAGACCAUACCACCAGCCAGUAAACCAGCGGAAACAUCACUAGUGGUUACGACAAAGGAUUUGAUACCCAAAAAACCGAGUGAAAGCGAACCCAAGAUUGACAAGCAGCAAAAGGAGAUUAAACUUUAGUAAAUAAUGUUGCUAAAUUAUGCUUAAAUAUAACAAUAAGUUGUUCCUCUCCCCUCUUUGGUUGUGUGUGAAACUUUUGUGAGCGUGAGUGCAUAUAGGGAGAGCAUGAUUAUUUAAAUUUGUUGUGUCUUCUAGAUUAUUCUAGAGCGUUAAUUAUAUUUUUUGCUUAUUUUUAUGUUUGAGAAAUCAUAAGAAGUAGCAAACAUUAACUUGCUAUUUCAGCUUUAAGCUAACAAAUUAGAAAAUGUUGAAUAUAAUUAAAUUUGAAAGCGGAAAAUAAAUUUGCGCUAUUGUG